AUGGCUGAGGAUUUGAGUAUCACAAGUUUAAAAUGGGCAGCGGCUAUUCAAAGAUUGGCUGCGGUGCCAUCAAUAAUGUGGCGAUCGACAUCGAGUUUGGGCAAAGGAUUGAGCUUAUCGCCAACAAAUCCCGAGGGGUUCAGCUGUCAGGCCUGUGGCAGGGUCUAUAAAUUGAAGAGCAGCCUUCGAAAUCAUCAAAAAUGGGAGUGCGGCCGACCACCGCAAUUUCACUGUCCUCACUGCAGUUACAAGGCGAAACAAAAAAUGCACAUCGCCCGUCACAUGGAGCGUUUCAAAAUACAUCGACAGUAUUCAUCGGAUCUAUAUCACUUUACAUGUCGAACAUUCACUGCAAAUGAAAAUCCAGAGGUGAACAGGCGAUUUUUCUGCGACGUCUGCAGCAAGGGAUACAAAUGGAAGGAGUCACUUUUGAAACAUCAGAGAAUUGAAUGUGGAAAAACACCACAAUUCACUUUUCAACUACUACCAUUUUUGUAUCCACUCAGUCAGCAAAAAUAUCCUUUCAUCUGCCCACUUUGUGGGAAGGGCUACUCAUGGAAAGUUUCUUUAAGCCGACAUAUUCGUGAAGAAUGUCAUAAAGAACCACAACACACUUGUGAAAUAUGUGGAAGAAAAUUCAAACAAAAAUCAAGCUUCAAGCGUCACUUAAAUCGCUACGUGUGUGAUGCGUGUGGUAAAUCUUACAAGUGGAAAGGCACAUACCAUGUUCAUUUAAAAUUUGAAUGCGGCGUUGAACCACAAUUUAAUUGCGCUAUUUGUCAAAGAAAAUUUCGUCACAAGCAUCAUUUGAAGGAACACUUGAGAAACAAGCAUCGAUGCAAUUCACACGAAAUAAAUAGUUUAUUAAAAAAACUGUGGAUAUGCUUCCGAUGUGGUAAAUCCUAUAAACUACGAACAUCACUGAAUCAACAUCUUCGUUUGGAUUGUGGGAAAAUGCCCUCAUACAUUUGUACCUUAUGUGGAAGGAAGUUUCUACGAAAACAUCAUUUGCAAUCUCACGCUAAACGUCGACAUUCCAUUAUAAUUUACAAUUCUAAAUUUCCAAUGGCAAAUUUAUUCCCACCGCAAGAUAUAAAUGAUUCAUCGUCGAAGGAUGCAUCGUGGAAUUUCUCAGAUAUUUCACAGGAAAGAUCACCAUACAAGCAGCAUUCAUCGCAAAAUUGGAUACAAAUGAAUAGCGGGAAUUCAGAAAAAAAAUUCUCUUGUUCACGAUGUGGAAAAAUUUAUAAAGCCACCACAUCGCUCAGUCGUCAUAUACGCUUAGAAUGUGGUGUUUUGGGCAGUGAAGUCUGUCCCCUGUGCAAUAGACGUUUCAAACAUAAAUUUGUUCUAAAUUCACAUAUUUUGGCUUAUAUUUGGGAACAUCCCGUUGCAGAUCCUCUACAAAUAACCCCGGCGGAAAAAAAUCAAAAUCAAACUUUCACAUGUAAUCGUUGCGGUCGAAUGUAUCCACAAUUAAAAAGUCUGCGACGUCACGUCUUUCAUUGUGGACGAAUUUUAAGUCAAGCAAUUUUAAGCGAUGGUGAUGUGCAUUACGUCGACGAAAAUGGCGACGAACGACAAUUUCUCUGUCCCUAUUGCAGUAAAGCCUAUCGUUGGAAGAAAGGAUUAAAAGUUCAUCAGGAGCGUUGUCCGAUAAAAUUGGCUCUUGAAAAUCCCCAAGGAGAAAAUUCCAAGGCACAAGCAGCAAAGAAGAAAGAAGAAGAACGUCCAUCAACGUCCGAUGUACCAAUUCCAGCAAUUGUUGUCAAAGAAAAAUGCCUCGAUCGCUAUCAAUGUAUAUUGUGUGGAAAAAGUUAUAAUUGGCUGAAAAAUUUGAGACGUCAUCAUAAAAUGUGUCGGAAGAAAGUGAUGAGUAAACGUUGGAAGGAGUGUAAAGUGAUGCUGGAGCCACUGCCAGGAGAUAAUGUCGGAGGUGGACGAGGGCAAAAGUUUAAAUGCUCCUUUAAAUGUGAUGUUUGUUUAAAGGAAUUUAAAUGGUUGAAUAAUUUGAAGGAGCACAAGAAAAAUUGCAAACCGAGUGAAGCCGAACAAAAUCAAUGGAUUGCUGCUGAAAAUGCUGAAAAUGUUGAAAAUGAUGAAAAUGAUGAAAAUCAAGAGACGAAGUUGGAAAUCGAAGAAGAAAUUAUCGACAUUAUGUAA